AUGACGGGUAUUGGAAGAUCAAUUCGAGCAAGGAAACUCACUCCCCGUUUCAUAGGUCCUUAUGAAAUUUUGGAGAGAGUAGGGCCAAUGGCUUACAGAAUUGCCCUACCCUCACAACUGGCCAAUAUUCAUAAUGUAUUCCACGUGUCACAACUCAAGAAGUACCACCCAGAUCCAUCUCAUGUGAUUGAGCCUGAAGAGGUCGAGUUACAAGAGAAUCUUACUUUCAAGGCCGAACCUAAACGCAUUCUGGAUGCUAAGGAUAAGCAACUUCGGAAUAAAACUAUUCGGUUACUUAAGGUUUUCUGGAAAGGAAUGUCUCCUGAGGAUGCUACCUGGGAAACUGAAGAGCGAAUGCGGCGUGAUUUUCCUAACUUGUUUGAUUAG